AUGCAAAAUUAGAAAAGAGUAUAUAAGAAGGUUGAAAAAUAUAAGAGAGAAGCUUUGAUAUUCUUAGUUUAUAAAUAGGGUUAGAAAAUAAAAGAAGUAAAUUAUUUCUUAUUUUAGGCAUCUUAAAAUCUAGAUAUAAAGUAUGCAGUAGCAAAAACAAUUGUAAUUGCUUUUAGGAAAAAAUACAUUUUAAAGAAAAGAGAAAUAAUAUCAACCAAAAAAUGCAGAUUUCAACCUAGAGUAAAUCAAAAAUCUGUACAUCAAAUAAUUAGUAAAAUUGGAGGAGAAUGUGUAAAUGUCAUUCAAGAGUGA